AUGGCGGAUGCGGAGAAAGUCGCUGGGGUGUCACCCGUCGUGGACGUGGUGACUUCCAAGCAUGUUGACUCUACGCUGGAGAAGCAUGCUCACGAUGCGGACGAGGCGAUGAAGGCUUUUGAGGACCUUCAUGGUGAAACUAUUGAGUUGGAUGAGUCGACAAACCGCCGCCUUCUCCGCACAAUUGACUGGCACAUGAUGCCCGUCAUGUGUUGUGUGUACGGGAUGAAUUACUUGGAUAAGACGACUCUAUCGUAUGCCAGUAUCAUGGGAUUGAAGCAGGACUUGAACCUUCAGGGUGAUCAGUACCAAUGGUUGGGAAGCUUGUUCUAUUUUGGGUACCUGGCAUGGGAAUAUCCCACCAACCGUCUGCUACAGCGUCUGCCGCUGGGCAAGUAUUCUGCCGCGUGCAUUGUGAUCUGGGGACUCAUUUUGACCUGCUUUGCGGCCGUCCAGAAUUUCAGUGGCGCCAUCGCCAUUCGAAUCUUUCUGGGCGUUUUUGAAUCGGCCGUGACGCCGGGAUUUGCUCUGAUCACCUCUCAGUGGUAUACCAAGAAAGAGCAAGGCUCGCGGGUGAACAUUUGGUUCAGUUUCAACGGCUUCGGUCAGAUCCUCGGCGGCGUGGUAGCGUACGGCAUUGCCAUUGGCACAAAGCACCAUGGUUCAUCGAUUGCCCCUUGGAAGAUCGUUUUCCUGUUUACGGGUGUUCUCACGAUUAUCCUGGGAUUCAUCUUCUUGUGGGUGGUGCCGGACAAUCAGCUGAAUGCGCGCUGGCUGAAAAAGGAAGAUCAAGUGCUUGCUGUGGUUCGGGUUCGGGCCAAUCAGCAGGGAAUUGGCAACAAACACUUCAAGAUGUACCAGGUAAAGGAGUCACUGCUUGAUCCGAUCCCAUGGGCCUUUUUCUUUUACGCGCUGGUCGCCGAUAUCCCCAACGGGGGUCUGAGCAACUUUUUCAGCCUAUUGAUCACCGGCUUUGGCUUUACGGCAGAGCAGAGUCUGAUUCUUGGGGUCCCUGGUGGUGUGGUGGAAGUCAUCGCGCUCUUGCUGAAUGGCUACGUUGGCCACAUCACCAACCAGCGACUGCUCUCCAGUUUGGGUGGCCUGGUCACUGCCAUGAUCGGCGUCAUUCUUAUUGUGGCUCUUCCCGAGUCGUAUAAUGUUGGGCGCUUGAUCGGAUAUUACAUGACUCAGGCCAGCCCGACCUCGUUCGUUGCACUCUUAGCCAUGAUCUCGUCCAAUGUGGCUGGCUACACGAAGAAAACGACAGUGGCCGCCAUGUACCUGAUUGGGUAUUGCGUUGGCAACAUUAUUGGACCCCAAACCUUCCGGCCCAAGGAUGCCCCGCACUACACCCCCGCCGUGAUCACCAUCAUCGUCUGCUAUUUUCUGAGUUUGUGCAUCACCGUCUUUAUCUGGUGGUGGUAUCGUCGCGAGAACGCACGCAAGGCGGAGAUCCAAGCCCGACCGGACUAUGUGCGAUUGGAAAAUCAAGAGUGGCUCGAUUUGACGGAUCGGGAGAACCCCGAUUUUAUCUACGCGCUGUAA